GGCUAGAGGGGAGGAAAGAGAGAGAUGGGAUCAGCCUCGUCGGUGUACCGAGUAAUCUACCUGGACGUCGAUGGCAGAAUUCAGAAGGUCACCGAACAGCGUGGUGCCCCUGACUGGUGGACAGCUAGCUGAUAAAGAGGAACUCUUCCAGAAUGUAUUGACACAAGUGGCAGAGCAGUUUUCCAGAGCGUGUAAAAUCAACGAACUGAAGACGGAGGUGACAAACCGCUUGGCGAUGUUGGAGAAGAGAGUUGAGCUAGAGGGGAUGAAGGUGGUGGAGAUAGAGAAGUGUCACAGCGACAUCAAAAAGUUCAGGGAGGAGAUGGCCUCCUUCAGUAGUAAUUUCCUGGAUGACAAAAAGAAGCUGACACCUCGGAGAGAUGUGCCCUCUUACCCCAAGUACCACCUGUCUCAGGAGACAGUGGAAGCUCUCAGACAUCCCACCUUUGAUGUGUGGCAGUGGGAGCCCAAUGAGAUGCUGAGCUGCCUGGAGCACAUGUACAAUGACCUGGACCUGGUCAAGGGCUUCAACAUGAACCCCAUCACACUGAAGAGUUGGCUGCUUUGUAUCCAUGACAACUACCAGGUGAAUCCCUUCCAUAACUUCCGUCACUGUUUUUGUGUCACCCAGAUGAUGUACAGCAUGAUCUGCCUCUGCAGCCUACAGGAGAUAUUCACCCAGGUGGACAUUCUGAUUCUGAUGACAGCUGCAGUGUGUCACGAUCUGCAGCACCCCGGGUACAACAACACGUACCAGAUAAACGCACGGACGGAGCUUGCGGUACGCUACAAUGACAUCUCUCCUCUGGAGAAUCAUCACUGUGCCGUGGCCUUCCAGAUCUUCUCCCAGCCUGACUGCAACAUCUUCUCCACCUUCGAUGCUGAGGCCUUCAAACAGAUUCGUCAGGGUAUCAUCACACUGAUCCUGGCCACAGACAUGGCACGACAUGGCGAGAUACUGGACUCAUUCAAGCAUAAAGUGGACCGCUUUGACUUCAGUGAUGAAGAGCAUAUCACUUGUCUGAAGAUGGUGCUAAUUAAAUGCUGUGACAUCUCUAACGAGGUGCGGCCCAUGGAGGUGGCUGAGCCCUGGGUCGACUGUCUGCUGGAGGAGUACUUCAUGCAGAGUGACAGGGAGAAGGCAGAGAGUCUGCCUGUAGCCCCCUUCAUGGACAGAGAAAAGGUCACCAAACCCACCGCCCAGAUCGGAUUCAUCAAGUUCGUCCUUAUUCCCAUGUUUGAGACCGUAAUGAAGCUGUUCCCUCAGAUUGACGAAGUGAUGAUCCAGCCUCUGAGAGAGUCACGAGACCGAUACGAGGAGCUCAAGCAGAUUGACGAUGCCAUGACUGAGGUGCAGAAAAAGAAAAGUGAGAACCUGACUAUGGGGAAGAAGAAAUGAGAGCUCGAAGCUCAAACGUCCUAUGGUGGAGACGAGUCAGUAUGGCAUUCUGAGGAAGAGAGGAAACCGACCAAGCCUGUCUGGCUGGAUGGACAAUCCAAAGCUUAUAUCAGGGAAUGUUGACUUGAACAGCACGGACGACGUCAGUGAACGAUAUUUUGAUUCUAUACCUUGCCUUUUUUGUAAAAAAAAAAAAAAUUCAGAAUGUACAGAUUUUUCGUUGCCUUUGUUUCCUACAAAAAUAAAUGUUUAUUUUAAAUAUAA